AUGAUGCGUUGCACGAAUAGAUCAAUCAGGUCGCAUAUAUUCGACGACCCGACUUUCGAAAUCCGAUACUUUUCUCGGGUCGGAUCCAAUCCUCCGUUCUUGGUCCGGCCUUCUUCUACUCCUCGUCAAUGGUCUCUUCUGCGUCGCAAAUCCCCUCACAACAAGUUUCGAUUCCUCGAUCAUCACUUAUCCGAUGAUCCAUCGUAUAAAACAACGAGCACCGCUUUCGCGGUUGAUCAGAUCGAUCGAACCACUCAAAGAUUCAUCAUCGUAUGCGUGAUCAAGCUCGUCUCGUUGUCAUACAUAAGGACGUAUCGAUUCAAGAUCAACGCAGGAGAUUCAUGGAGAUUAUCGAAAACAAGGAUUCCUUGCAGCGCAAGCGAGUUCAUGAAACCUGUUUACUUGGACGGAACUUUUCACUGGCUGAAAGAAGACGGAAGAAGCAUCAUAGCUUUCAAUCACGAAACAGAGCAAGCACGGCGGAUUCCGAUCAAGUUUCAUCGGAAACGGGAUACGAAACUCUUGCUCGGGGCCUCCGAUGACCACCAACUAACAUUGAUAUCGGCGAGGGAGGAAGAAGCGAUUUCUGUUUUUGCCCUAGAGAAUAAUAGUCUCACCGAUCCUAAAUGGAUCCUCGUAAGGCUGAUCGAAUUCGAGGCCGUGCAACAAAGUAAACAGUUGUACUGGAACGUGGAGGUUUUCGACGGCAAGUGUUUACUAGUGAGGACGAUGAAGGACCAAGACAAUGACACAUUGGUUCAUGGCUACGAUUUGAGAGCGAACAAGUGGGAAGUCGUGGGUUUGAUUCCAGGGUGGUGCGAUGCGAAUCGAGACUUUUAUCAGUUUAAGCCGUCAUGA